ACAUGUCAGACUCUGUGUUUUUCUACUAAAGAUCAAGUUAUUAUUGUUUUCUCAAUCACAUCAAACACAAAAAAAUAAACUUAUUUCGUUGUUUCAUAAUAAUGAGCAAGUAAAUUCUUAAAAUCAAACUAGCCUUCAGCGAUCCAUUUCAACGCAAUAGGAGCGUGAUAGCAAAGUGUUUUUUGUUUGCUUCAAGCAAAUAAUAAAAAAACAUUUUGGGCCUUGGCCACGGAAUUUCGAACCAAAAAUACUGUGAAAAUGGAAGGUGAACAGUCCAAUCCAGAUCCAAACAUAAUUGAGAUGAACAAUUCGACGAGUGUAUUGCAUAAAAUCGCCAAUAUGUAUGCUGAACAGUUGAUGUCAGAUAUCUGUUUAGUGGUUGGUGACAAUAGGUAUCCGGCACAUCGUGUUAUUUUAUGUGCCAGCAGCGAAGUAUUCCAGGUGAUGCUUAUGAAUCCCGAAUGGAAUGAAUGCCGCGAAAGUGUGAUCGAAUUGAAAGAAGAACCGUGCUGUGUUGAAGUAUUUCCACAAUUUCUAAAGUACUUGUAUGUGGGUCAAAUACGUAUUUCGUUAACGGCCGUUAUGCCAAUGCUGGCACUUGCCGAUAAAUACAACAUCAAAGAUCUCGUACAAUUGUGCGUCGAUUACAUGCUGAAGCAUAUUUCCAAAGCGGCCACCCAAGGCGUGUUGGUUUCAUGGUUGCAUUACACAAUUUCAUUUAGUCCGUAUCAUCAAGAAAUCACCGAUGCCAUACAACACUUUUUGAAAUACAAUUUAGAUAUCAUCGCAGAGGCGCGCGAUUUUGUCGAUUUAGAUAUAAAUAUAUUGAUUGCAUUAUUGCAACAAAAUGAUUUAGUUCUCAAAAAUGAAUAUGAACUAUUUACAUACGCCGAAAAUUGGUUCAAUAUGAAAAAACAACAAAUAGACCAUGAACAAACCACCAGCAGCAUUACAGAUGAAGAAAAAGCACAAAAUCUUCGCGAUAUGUUGCGUUCGAUUUUCAUACACAUACGGUAUCCGAUGAUGAGUCCGCGAGAUUUGGCCAAUUUACUAUUGAAACAGACGAUAAAACAAGAUGCCGAUUUCUUUGUUGAACGAAUUUCAAUCGGCAUGAUUUAUCAUUCGGGCCAAGUUGAAUGUGUGGAAAAAGUACAACGCACUGCGGAAGGUGCCUUACAAUUCACACCACGACUUUACACAUCCGACACAUAUUCGAUUCGCAUCGAUGUUCCAGACUUUGAAAAUGUUGAAAAUUAUAAAAAAUUCGGCGGAUGCUUUUUCUCACUACGAAGUUUGGCCGAACAAGAGAAUCCCGACCAAGAUGAUAUUGAUUUUUAUCAAUGGGACAUAGACUUUUAUCCACGUGGAAUUCGACAUGGCAAAGCCCAGAUAAUCAAUGUUUACAAUUUGCCUGGUUCGCUUGAAAUACCCGAAGUCCUGUUACGCACUGUUCGUUUAAGCGUCACCUGUAAAUCAAAUUUGGAGAUUGAUCAAAAAUUCAUGAUUGGUGUGCUAAUCACUGGCGUUCAAAAUGACAUCAAGCACGUUCGUACGGUUCAUGUGUGUACGUCAUACUUUUCAAAAACAAAUCCAACACUAAAUAUCGACAAUUUACUUCCAUACGGUGAACUGGAGCUGAGCACCAUCAAACUAAGUCCGCAUCUCAUCGGCAAAGAAAGAAAUUUGUUAAAUUUACAAGUCAUUAUUGUUCCAAUGGGCGUGUACACGUGUUACGAUACAAUUCCAUUUGAAUUCAAGUAGUCUGUGUCUUUGAAGCGCACAAUCCUAAUUUUAAUCACCGUCGUUCAUAUAAACGUUCUACCAUUGUAUCCAUCAUAUUGAAUAAUUAUUGUUUUUUUUUUAUUGUUAAUCCCACGAGCCCAAUAUCCUGUCUAAACUAUACAAUGUGUUAUAACAUUUAAUCGGGAUAGGCAAUUACUUAACCACAGGACAAAAGAAAUACAUUUAACCGAAAUUUUAUUUGAGAGGAAUAAAAACAAAUUCAAAUGAAGUCAA